AAAUUUUGCAGCGCCAAGGUUACUGGCUAGUGUUGCUGCAUCAACUCCGUCGGCUGUGCGCAGUGGACCUGGAUCGUAGUGCGCGUGUGCUCACGACAAAGGAGCACGCAGUCUUGGAUGCUAUUAAAUUUGCUGCGUCGUGGAUGCCCCCACGCUCAUCUGAUAACAACAACAUCGAGAACGGCACCAACUGAGUCGAAGAGCGCCUUCUUGGCAGAUCAUACAAAAUGGGAAUAUGGUGGGACAUAGCUGAAAAUUUCAUGACCGCCGAUACCGUCUGUUUUGUAGUUAACGCGGCUACAUUGGGCAUAUUGCAUCGGGUGUACAACAGCAAAUACCAUAAUUAUGAAGCAGUGAAGACAGCUCGCCAGCUAGAGAUUAGCGAACACUUAGACACUAUCCUGCGGGAGGACUAUCCCAAUGGCACCUGCGUACACGCCGUCGUUCGGGGAACAGUCAAAGCAACUCAGAAGCCCCUAGAGUCUAAAUUUGCUCAAGGGCAAAAAGGCGUUAUUCAACGGCUAAUGGUCAUCGAACAUAAGAUGAAAUGGAAUCCCAUUUCGCGAUUUUGGACGCACCAGGAGCGCGUGAUUCAGGACCGCGUAGACACUACGCAGUUUGUAUUAACGUCACUAGCGACAGCUAACCCUCGAGCGCGUGUUGAAGUGCCUAACCCCUUGGAAAGUGCUUCGAUCCCUCUGAAAGCGGUGUAUGAUAAGUUCACGCCAAAUAAGGAUGGAUUCGAAAAAUCCUUUUUCGGUUGGCUCGAAGGUGAACAACCACAGGGAAUCCAAGAACAGGAAUAUCUUCUCCCUGAAAAUACCAUUUUGACAGGCUUCGGUACGUUAGUCAGAGACGAAACUGGUUCCGUAUCGCUAGUGGUACCUAAAGAUGGUACCCAGUUGAUUCUUACGACGGAAACACAUUCGAAGCUAAUAGAACAGCUCCGCAAAGAGUGUCGCUGGGUAGGGUUAGGAGCUUUCUUUUUUGGGAUGACGUGCACAGCGCUAGCAAGCUAUAUGGCGUACCGCAUCUAUACAAAUUAUCGGCGCCAACGACAGCAUCGCACGGAUUUUAUGCGUCGGGACGAGCUUCGCCGGAAACGCCGAAAGGAGGCGAGAGAAGCUGAUGCUGUUGGCUCUCUAAGUGGAACUCCGCAGUGUGUCGUCUGUCUGACGAACGCUGUAGAGGUGCUGCUUCUCGAGUGCGGACAUCUUUGCCUCUGCACGGAUUGCUGUGAACAGAUAACGGACAACAUAUGUCCGAUUUGCCGCUGUAGGGUAGUUCGGCAAGUCGCAGCUUAUUUGCCUUAGGAAGAGGUAAUUGACGCCGAAAAGAUGGGCUGCCACAGUUUAACGGGGAACGCCAUAGGGUUUUAGCUCGUCCAGGAAGGUUGCCUGCCACGAUAAAACAGUCAGUUGAACUUGAAAUUCUACAGUGUUAUUGUAUUACUUUGUAGACCAGCUACUGACUUGAUAUUAUUAGUCCCAUGUAUAGGUAAAGUAGGGCGGGAGUAGAAAGGAAAAGCAAAGACGAUUGCAGAGAUUAUUCUAUGGCUAGUUUGCAAAUAUUAAAAUGAAAUUAAUAUGUUAGUAGAAAGUUGGUACGGUGACGAGCUUGCCGAACAAUAGGAAAAAGCCAAGGAAAGACUAAUGGCUUAGAGUAGUAUCACAUAUAAUUGGGGAGAAUUUUUUCAGAAGGUUUUUUCACAGUUUUUAUAACUGUGAAAGUUGUAUGGUGAGUAGCUGCUUUCAAUUUGACAAUUACUGGUUGGAUCCAACAAACCGACUGUAUGAUACAUGUAGAUGUAGACUAUUAUUGAUAUGUAGUUGCUUGGUUUUUCUCCAAAGUAAAACUAUGAGAGCCUAUUUUGCUCAUAUACGAGAGCUGCAAGUGUGGUUAUAUAUGGAAACCUGUUGUGCCCCGACGAAUCUGUCAUUGCUGCUCGGAUCAAUACAAUUAGCAGUGGACAGAUCAACAACAUAAUUGGAUACGCUCAGCGAAGUAAGUUUUUUGGUACACUGAAAUGAAUGCAUGUGAUUUUAAAUAAAGUUGCUUCGGUGACAACCUUUUUCUCGGGA